AGUGAAGAGCUGGGCUUGUUGCUGCCUCGCCAUCCUCUGCUAACAACUAGCUGGAUGUAACGUUGACCAGCAGUCUUCACGCAUUCCUAAAGCUCAAUUAUCCUCUUUGCGUAUGUUUUAAUGUGAGUUUAUACAUCUCAGCGAACGUCCAGAGGACUACACUGAAGAUGCAGUUCAUGCUGCUGUUCAGCCGCCAAGGAAAGCUGCGCCUCCAGAAAUGGUAUGUGCCUCUCUCUGACAAGGAGAGGAAGAAGAUCUCCAGGGAUCUAGUUCAGACCAUCCUGGCAAGGAAGCCCAAAAUGUGCAGCUUCUUGGAGUGGAGGGACCUGAAGAUUGUUUACAAGCGAUACGCCAGCCUGUAUUUCUGCUGCGCGGUGGAAGAUCAGGACAAUGAGUUGAUCACCCUGGAGAUCAUCCACCGAUACGUGGAGUUAUUGGACAAAUACUUUGGCAGUGUGUGCGAGCUGGACAUCAUCUUUAACUUUGAGAAGGCCUACUUCAUUCUUGACGAGUUCUUGUUGGGCGGCGAGGCCCAGGAAACCUCCAAGAAGAAUGUGCUGAAAGCUAUCGAGCAGGCAGACCUGUUGCAGGAGGAAGCAGAGGCCCCAAGGAGUGUUUUAGAAGAAAUUGGGCUGACAUAGGCUUCUCCUUAUCAGAACCAACGCUGGCACAUCUUGUCCUUUCCCGUUUACUGUCAAGUGUCGUCUUUGUAUGUUCGUGCUGUAUUUGUAAUCAACAUGUCUGUGCUGUAGUCUUCUGAACUUUGCUCUCUUGUAACGUCCCGUGACUGUGGUAGGUGCUAAGUGUGGUUUGAUUAUGCGAUUCCUCUGUAGCAGCUCAGUCAUUUUAAGUGCAACAUCUCUGACCAAUGUAGCAACAUGAACAAAGCCUUGGUUUCAAUUACAGUGUUAAAUCAAUCAUCCUUCCUGUUCUUCAGCGACAUCUAAAAGUUAUUCAAGUAAUUUAGCUUUUUGUACGUCGAGUUGGUAUUUCAUUCUUGUACCGCAUGUUAAAAAAAAUGGGAUUGUAGUUGUCAAUUUCAUUUAAUUAAUACAAAACUUCACAUAAAGACAAUUUUAAAGGAUCCACUUUGUUUUCAGGUCAAAAUGUGUUGUUUCUGUGUAGUGUUGUUUGUUAAACUUACAUUUUUAUCUUGUAGUUACGUCCAGGGAGAAAUGAAGUCCCUACUAAGGUCUGAAAAGUGACCCAAAUAAAAAUAGCUCUAUUUUCUUUACAAUAAUGCUUUGGUUUACAUUUAAAUCUAUGACCAAAGAACUGUGUUUUACCUUACAAAUGGUGUCUAUAGAAGCCUAAUGUGACAAAAAAGGGGAUCUAAUAUUGUUAGAUUGUUGAAGCUAAGUAUAUUUUUCAUUUCAAUCAAAUGAAAGACACUAUUAAUUGUCCACUUGUUCGUAUGCAGCAGUAAAAACAUUUGGAAUGUAUUGUUCCUGAAUCAGAAAAGUCCAACCACAUGGUGUUAAACAUUCAGUAUUAAUCCAACAUAUCAAGUAGAUCUUUUAAUUUUACAAAAGACCCCACUUUUGUAUUCACCAUCCUAUUGACAUUUAUAUAUUUUACAGUAUUUACCAAUAAAUGUCUU